GAGGCCAAUUCCCUCUGGCUCAUGCCCAGAAGGCCAGAACCCAGAACAGACCAUGUCAAGAACUCCGGCGAUUCACCUCACCCCAAAUCCGGCGUGGAGCUGUCUUCUCCGUCAAAUCCGGCCAACGGGGGAGCUCGCCCGCUUCGCUCCGGAAGUGAUGCCCUCGAAGUUGGUGGCCGUUCGUCGUCCUUCCUGUGAUGGAAGCGACUGCCGCCGUGGAGGUGGAUCUGACCGCCGCGGCGCUUGAUUUGGCAGCGCAGGAGCUUGAAUCGGCUGCCAAGGAUCUCGCCUUGACAUGGCCUUUGACCACCCCUUGAGCCAUUCGCAUCCGGCGUCAUCGGCGAUGGGCGCGAGGUAAGGAGGAGCUGGUUGGGCGGAAGGAGCCAGAGGAGGCGGGUUCCACUAUGCUGGCUACUCCUCGUGGAAGGUUCCACCCGGGCGCUGCACUCCGCCACCAAUAUCAUCGACCGAGCUCGGCCAAGGUCCGGGCGUCCUCCAUCCUUCCACAGAGCAGAGCAGCGGCCAGCAUGGCGGGGCGGCUUGCCGCCGCGCCGGACGGGAGCGCCAACGCCAACGGCUCGGCGGCUCCCGACCGAGCGCGCGGCUUCUACCGCGACCGGAUCCGGCGGGUCGCCGUGUCCGGAGGGCUGAGAAGAUCGGCUCUCUUCGACCACUCCCAGUCCGGUCAUAGCGGAUCCGGCUACUCCAACCACUCCGGCGCGUCGAAUUCGUACCCGUCCAACAACUCCGGCAUCUCUGCUGCUGAACCGGACUUCGGCGCCCAUGAGCUCACGGUGAUCGCCAUCCAAAUGGUCAGUGACGGUUACGCCCAGCGCAUGGUCCGAGAAUUCUGCGGCGGCGGCGGCCUGGAGAAUUGGUUCUUGGAGCUUGACGUGGGCUGGGUUCUCCAGAUCCACAACAAGACUGACUUAUGUCAGCAGCUCCAGCUUCAACUCAAAUCGCCGUCAUGGCUCCAAGACUUUGUCGAGAGGUGGAUUCGAGCUCUCAUGGUAACAAUCUCCAGCAUCGUUGAGGCGCUCGACAAAGUUCAGACGUUGUUGCUCGCAAGGUUUGGCAAAGCAAGCAUCUCGGAGAUGCUCGUCUUUGUCGACGCCGUCAUCCCACUGCUCAAGGCGGGGAAGCUACGGGCCGUGCUAGACAUGUAUAUUUGUGUCUGCAAUGCGUCGUACAUGUUCACUCUGGAUGUGUUCUCUCUGGAAGCCCAGAUCAUAUUCGACGAGAUACGCCGCUCGUUGGGGACAGAAAGAAACAAGCUACGUGAUGCCAUAUCCACCACAGUGGAGGAGGUCAGGGCACUCAUGGAGGACGAUGACUCGUGGGCUAUCGAGUUUCCUCAAGGAGGAGCCGGGGUUCACCGGAACACCCGGUUGAUGGUGGGUUACAUCGUGUCUAUGACGGAUGCAUUGGUGUCGACACGGAAGUCCGCACCAAGCCACAACACUGGAAAUCUUCAUGGCCUGAUAGAUGACACCAUCAAACAUUUGAAGGAUCUGCUUCCGAGAAAGUCAGAGCUGUGCUUGGAUGCAGGCAUGAGGUACCUAUUCCUGCUCAACAAUUCCUAUUUCAUAGCCACCAGGGACUUUAUUCGUGGGCCAUACUGUGGAGACUCUCAACACCACCAGGGACUUGAACUUACACUUGAGUGCAAAGAUCACAUGGACAGCUAUCUCGAUGUUUCGUGGGCUCAUGUGAUAUCCUCCAUAUCGAAAUCGAAUCCUCCUGGACCGCUGCGUCGUUGGAUGACCAACACCUCUUCGCUGGCUAAAUUCGAGUCAGCGUUUCAUCAAACCUACCAAGCUCAGAAGCUCUGGAAGGUUCCGGACCCUCAGCUCAAAGAUGCGCUACGAAGGGCUAUCAUCGAGAGAGUCAUCUCAAGUUACAACGACUAUCUGAAGAAGCAUCCUGAGCUAGCGGAGCACGCUAGCCGCGGAAACAGCACUCCCGCCGUCUUGGAAGAGAUGUUGGGACAGCUAUUUGAAGGCUGAAAACUUCUUUGAGGCAUCGAACAGAGUCACCAACUAAUAAGAGGCCAGAGUUAUGUUUCAUCCAGAGCAUUUGGAGUGAAGUUUUAUUCUGGAUUUGAGGGGUCUUAUUUGACUUGUGAUUCCAUGUUAAAUACUCCCACAUAUCUAUGUGUCAUGUUUACUUUUCAUUAUUCAAUAUUUUAUAGACGUUUAUUUUCAUCUAUUUCAGUGAAACUUGAGCUUGCAGAGGCAAGGUCACCCAGAUGCACAGGAGUCCUGUGCAUCUGAACUAUGGGAUGGGGAAAUUUCAUCAUAAAAUAGCUAUAUUUGUUGUA